UCGACUACGGACAGCUUAGUUACUUAUAAGCUGCUGACUAGCAACUUUAAAUUUUAAUUUAGAGUUUAAUUUCACGCGGUAACGUUUAACAAAAAGAAAAAUGUUGUUCGCAUCUCUACUUGGGUGUUUGUGUGUUGGACUAGCAAGCGCUAAUGUAAUUACUUCACGGUCAGCAAUAUCGAACGUAAAUCAAGUAUUUAUUGCUUGUUCCGGUAAUAAUACAUUUGCCUUUGGUGCAGGAAUUCCGAUCACGAGAAAAUAUGUCCUAACCGUUGCAUCACUGAUCAGAGGUUACAACGUAUGGAAUAUCGGAUACGGAUCUAGUCAAAUUUCCAAGCUUAACUAUACACAAAGCUCAAACGCAUUUAUCCAUCCGAACUAUGAAGCAGCUAAUGAAAACAACAAUAUUGGUGUGCUGGUACUUGACUCUUUCUUACCAUCUGCUAUGGUCUCUUCCCUUGCGUUGCCACAAUUCGAUGUUGCUAUUCCUCGCGUUUACCAGGACGGAACUAUUGUCGGUUUCGGUAUUUCUGAACCUACAGACAAGCCAUCUCCGGCAACCGCUUGGAAGGCUCUUUACCCCAGUGUUGUACCAGAUGAUGCAUGCCAGAAACAAAUCAAAAACGUAAACCUUGUAUCAACAUUCUGCGCCCAUGAUAACCACCCCGAAUCGAAAAAGGUGUGUGAAGGUGAUCAGGGCAAUGCAUUGGCUAUUUCUCAUCGUGGUGUUUGGGUUUUGGCUGGUCUAGCAUCGACUGUAUCGAAACAAUGUGCACAGAAUGAAAUCACGUCAUUCGUACGCGUCGAAACUUAUGUACCAUGGAUUAAAGCCGUUACUGGAUUGUUGUAAUACGCUUUAUCUUAUGUCCAUGUUACGUGAAUCCUUUCCCUGUCCUUAUCCUUUUUUCUCCCGCUCAAAUAUAACAAACUAAAAAAUCCAA